AUGUCUACAAAAGCCCGGCGCCGGUUGAUGAAUGACUUUCGCAAGAUCCAACUCGAUCCACCCCCAGGGGUUUAUGCUGUCCCGUUAGAUGACAACAUUCUGAAGUGGCACGCAAUUAUCCUGGGGGCAGAUGGCACACCAUUUGCUGAUGGUAUCUUUAAACUCACCAUGGAGUUUACGGAGAAUUACCCGAACGUGCCUCCCACUGUUCGGUUUGUCUCGAAAAUGUUUCAUCCUAAUGUUUACGCCGACGGUAGUAUAUGUUUGGAUAUACUGCAAAAUAUGUGGUCCUCUUCAUACAACAUUGGAGCUAUUCUCACAUCACUCCAAUCUCUCCUUGGCGAUCCCAAUCCCAAUUCCCCGGCCAAUGCGUCUGCCGCAGAGUUGUUCGAGGAAGAUAAGCGCGAAUACGAACGGCGUGUUCGUGAGAUCGUUGAGCAGUCCUGGCGAAGCGAUGAUCCAAUUGAACCUGCUGACUAA